GCUCAAGUCUCGUUGCCUGCCACGGAGUCCCACCAAGAGGUACCUCUACCUAGCUUUUGUGGAGACCUUCAUUGGCUGCCAGCUUUCAAGGACACUUGGAGGUAGCGGCAGGCAGAUUGGACCCUUCCGUCCAACUCCAGCACACCCGCGUCGUCAUCACCACCGUCGUCAACCGCCAAUUCUCCAAACUGCCCGCGUCAACCCUCUCGAGCCCCUCCAUUGCGCCCCGCGAAGAAGCAUGCGAUAGUUCAGUUGCAAUGAACAGGUCGCCUUCCUCCUCCGGGUUGUUGCCCUUGCCUGGUGCGCCUUCGUCAUCGUGGGCCCUCUACCGUGCUCGUCUCUCCAGCCUCCUUCAGAGUGUCGACACUGCCGUCUUUAUCGCAUUUUGGUUAUUUGGCCUCAUCAACAAUGUUCUCUACGUCAUUAUCCUCUCGGCCGCCCAAGACCUGGUCGGAAACGGCAUCCCCAAGGGCGUCGUCCUCCUCGCCGAUGUCAUGCCCAGCUUCCUGACCAAGCUGGUUGCUCCCUAUUUUAUCCAUCGCAUACCCUAUGCCACCCGCAUCUUUAUCUUCGUCACCCUCUCCUCCGCCGGCAUGCUGCUCAUCGCCUUCACACCGCCGUCCCGAUCGGUGGCCGUCAAGCUGAUUGGCGUCGUUUUGUCCAGCAUCAGCAGUGGUGGCGGCGAGCUGAGCUUCUUGGGUCUCACACACUACUAUGGUCACAUGAGUCUGGCUGCUUGGGGUAGUGGUACCGGCGGCGCAGGUCUCAUUGGGUCCCUGCUGUACGUGAUGCUGACAGACUGGAUCGGCCUCAGCGUCAAGACGAGCUUGCUCGCCUCUGCCUUUCUGCCCAUCAUCAUGCUUGUCAGCUUCUUCUUGAUCCUCCCCCAUGGGCCACUGCGCGCGAGUGCCCGUAAGACCUACGAACCCAUUGCCAAUCGUGACUCUUUCCAGGAAGAAAGCGAGGGGGCCGAGAACAACUUUGACGAUAUACCCACGAGCACGGCAUCAUCAAGCCUCCUUGCACCCGGACCUGCAGUCGCUGCCACGGCGUAUUCAUCGCAUCCCACCGAAGACGCUCGAAAGGACUCGCUUGCUGCCAAAAUCCAACGAUCCAAGUCGCUCUUCUUCCCGUACAUGCUCCCGCUUUUGCUGGUCUACAUUGCCGAAUACACCAUCAACCAAGGCGUCUCCCCAACGUUGCUCUUCCCGCUCGAGUCCUCGCCUUUUGCCGAGUUCAGGUCGUUUUAUCCCUUCUACGGUUUCCUCUACCAAGUCGGUGUAUUCAUCUCGCGCUCAUCCAUCGCUUUCAUCCGCAUCCACCAUCUAUACCUGCCGUCCCUGCUUCAAGUCGCCAAUCUCGUUCUGCUUACUUUGCACGCACUGCUCAAUUUCAUCCCGUCUGUUUACAUUGUUUUUGUCAUUAUCUUCUGGGAGGGUCUGCUCGGCGGUUGUGUCUACGUCAACACUUUUGCCGAGAUUAUGGAACACGUGCCUGCAGAGGAUCGUGAAUUCAGCUUGGGUGCUACCUCGGUCAGCGAUAGCGGCGGUAUCUGUGUGGCCAGCUUCCUCAGCAUGGCCAUGGAGAUAUGGCUGUGUAAUUGGCAGGUUGACCAUGGCCGAGAUUGGUGCAGGCGUAUCAAGGCUGGCUAAUCAGGGCCCAAGGCAUGAAGGGGUAGGUCUUACUGGACCGCUAGUCUUAUGCUGACCUGUUUUGGUUGAGUCAAAACCCAACCUGAACCUGAACUGCUUCACCUUUGUCAUCGGUCAUUCUCUCCCCAUCAUGGACCUGAUAUCCGGUAGAAACGCAACCUCACAAAUCGAGUCCACCAAACCACUCCACGUGCCUAUCCAGCUUUCCUCGGCAUGGUGAUUAGUCUUUUGAGAGUUUUUGCCGGCAGCAUCCCUGGUGUCCAUAUCUCAUGCGACAAUGCACCUUCAAGACUUCCAAGACUCUGCGAAGACGGGCUGUCAUCUGUGUAGCAUGAUGUUGCAUGCCAUGCUUCAUCGACAACCCAAUGGCCCGCAGUUCAAGUUCGGGCUGUUUCGGUGGUAUUGCAAAGUAUCGCAUACUUACACUAUCGGUACAUUCCUGAAGGGAGAAGAACUAGACACGAAGCCCGAAAUUCGCCCACUAUCCACCUUCCAAAUUGCCCGACCCUCUGUCAAGAUUGAACGACUACCUUCGCUUGACUCAAACUUUGGCGUAACUCCUCUUGAAGUGGCUAAGAACUGGUUAUAAGUCUGUCAACAUAAUCACACGCAAUGCAGGCCUCCCAAGUCUACCAGUACUCCUUGGGCACAACAAUCAAAGUAUAUACGGCUCAUUUGGAUCCGAUCUCAGGACAAUGGCGGUCAGACCUACCGGCUAAUCAAAUACCCUUUGGACGAAUUUGUUGAUUAUAUUACCUUCAGCUACCGCUGGACAGACGACGCUGAAAAGAACAUGCUUUGGCGAGAGAACACGGAGAGGUUUACCGAGUCCACGCAGACAGACGCUGGUCUCAAUUCAAUCGUGAUGCGGCCGCCAACUUGUCUAAGAGUGUAACCCUGGUCUUGAAACGGAGGUGUGUCCAGAACUCAUCAUCACCAAACACGAUGCUAUCCGCACAACCAAACGAACAUUCGCGGGGAGCCAAUACAAGUUUCCGCCGCCGAGGAUAUUAGUCGGGGCUUUUUCAGCCAUCUGGAAAGACGUCGUGAAUUUUAGCAAAGUAAACUUGACCUUUCUAAGUGACAAAGUGUCGGCGCUGCAAGGUAUUAUUUCCCUGUCCCCGUCACAACCUACCUGCACCUUAUCCCUUCGUCAUUUGAUGGCCGUCAUAAAUACAACAAUUUUCAUAAUUCUUGCCCUCACCAUUUAUGUAUCUUCUUGUGUGUCGUCAAGUCUGCACAUGUUUGAAUGCCAUACUCUGCGCUCUCUCGUCAAGUUUCGUCCUUCUUCCAUAACACCUGCGUCAAGCAAAGUGCAUGCAUACCCGAUAUGGUUCUGCGGGAGCAUCGCUUCGCUAGCCGCCUGCCGGCGGCAGUUCUAUGCAUGUGCAGUCGACGUUCGACAGAUAGGACUUCUCUCC